UGUUCCUUUGGAUUCAUAAAUUAAUUUCUCUCUACAUUUGAUGCUCUUUAUAUAUAUUAUUUAUUAACAUUACAUAUUCCAUAGGCUUAUAUAUAACCUAUUAACCAUUAUAUAUCUCAAUUUUCAAAACUCCCUACAAUUUUGUUCCCCAUCUUGUCCUGGCAAACGACCACUCUGUUCUUCAUUUUCAGAACACAUCUAAAACCCUCCGUAAAUUUCAGCAAUUUCUCACUCAGACAGUCACACCCUUUUGUCUCCAUUGUAUGUUGGAGAAAACAAUUGGUGACUUCGCAAGCCAAACGCUCCUAGGAGGUGGUGGUGUUGAUGGUUGUAGUGAUAGACUGAGAAGGUUGUUUGACCAAGUGCUUUUGGUUUUUUUGAGAGAGGUGUCUGUAAAGAAAUGUGUUCGGCCCAUUCCGGCAUUGCUUGGUGAUGGGCGAUCUGUGGAUUUGUUUAAACUUUUCUGGGCAGUGAAAAAAAGAGGUGGGUUUGAUUUGGUGACAAAGAAUGGUUUGUGGUCUCCUGUGGCAACAGAGUGCAGGUUGGAUGUUGGGGUUGUAGUGUCAAUAAAAUUGGUUUAUUUGACAUAUUUGGAUGGUUUGGAUCAAUGGGUAAAGAGAGUCUUUAAAGAUAAGAGUUUGAAAAAUGGAGAGAGUGAAGUUGUUGGGAAGUUGGACUUGUUAUCGUUGGAGUUAGAGAGGGAUUUCAGAGGUAUAUUGUCGAAUGGAUCUCCACUGAAGCACAAAGAUGGUAAAGUUGUUGAAUUUGAAUCUAGUAAAAAUGCCGACUACAUUGAUUCGGAUAAUUAUAAUAGGGAAAUGCAUUUGUCAGAUGCCGGAAACAUUAAUAAAGUGCAUGACAAUGCACAGAGAAUUCCUAAUGAUGAUGACAAAAGAUUUUGUGUCGAUAAUGAUAAUGGUGUGGUGGUCUCAGAUACAGGUAGUGAUAAGAAAGUAUCUAAUUCUCAAAAGAGGAAACGAGAAUCCUUUUCUUUGUCGGAAAUGCUGAAUUGGGUGAUGCAGGUUGCUAAGCAUUCCUAUGAUCCUGCAUUCGGUAGAACACCCGAGUGUUCUAAGUGGCACGAGGAUGCAAGAGAGGAUUUUCGGGCCCAGGUUUUGUUGGCAAGGGAGGCACUCUAUAUAAAAAGGCAAGUUAAUCCUCGCAUUGAAGAAUCCCUCUUGCAGGUACAAGUUUGUUAUCAUCUUAAUUUCAUUCUCUUUAACCUUUCAAAUUUAUAAGAUAUAAAUCUCUAGAUUAUUAUGCUAGUUGGUGUUACAUCUUGAUCAAGGUGUUGGUUUUUGCAGCAUGAUCACAUUAAAAAUACCAAGUUCACAUGCAUAGGAUAGUUAUCAUAUCUUAAGGGUGGCAUCUUUAAGUAUUUAUUUGUGUGGUUCUCGCUUCCUGGAAUUACUAACCAGAAUGAAGUUUCAAUUCUCAUUCUUCCUUUUUUAUAUUAUACCUUUAAUCAAAUAAACAUCGAUCAUAUGAUGUCAUGUUUCCUUACUUCUUAUGCAGCAAUGUGUUAAAUCAGUCUCUUUUAUAAGAAUUAAACAACAAUGACAACAACAAUAAUGACGGCAACCAGAGUUUAUCUAACCUGUAGUUAUCUUUAUUAGGAACUAGCUUCCUGAAAACCAGAGUUUGCUUCAUCAUACUCUGCAACUUGAGCAUUUACUUUACACAUGCAAUGUGCUAGUGAGAUACAAUUAACUAUUUGUAACCUUAGAUUCUUUCGCUUGAAAAGGAUCAAGUGAUACAUGGAGUUGAGAGAAUAGAGACUUAGGUAUUGACAUCAUUGCUGGCUCAAUUCAAUUUGAGGCAUCGGUUCCUUGAAUUCUAAAUAUUCAUGUAUCUUUUCGCUUCUUCUUAGCAAUCAAAAUAAAUUGUACAAAAAGUUAUCUCAUACAUAUAUAAAUGCAAAUGAACAAAUACGAAUGCUCAUAAAAAAAUUCAAUAUUACUUCCCAUAUAUUGAACUAUAAUAGCAUGUAGAUUACUACUUUUGAUAAGAACAAACUACUUAACUUGAAAAUGAAUUAGAAGAGCAUAAGAAGAAAAUUGAAGCUCAAUUAGGUGAAUUACACUCACACCUGUUGAGGUUAUGCCCUAAUUACACACGGUGGUCGGAAUGGCCUACAUCACACUGACUACCCCUGUCAGCGUUAAACAACAAAUGGACAUUACUUUUGUAUGAAUUGUCAUUUUUGCCCUUGGUUGAUUUAACAUUAUUUUAAAGAAAAACUGUUACAACUUGAAAAGACCAAAUUAUCCCCUUGAAAAACCCAAUAUUUCUCUCUACCUUCUCUUUCCCGUCACCACCUCCUCCAAUCUGCCACCACCACCGUUGCAGCCGACCACCUCCUUCCUAUCUCUCUACCUCUCUCUUCAACACCCCCUCCCCCCUCCCCUCCCCUCCCCUCUCUCCAAAAAAACCCUACAAAAUCCCCAAACCAGUCCAAGCCUUAUCAUCAUCAUCCGAUGACACCAAGGGACAAUGAGAAUGCUCUUAGCUGCGAUUUUGAUAUAACUAUAAACAUACUCACGAAUAAAUGAAGAUGUAGAAACUAUAGGCAUACUCAAUGAACUCAACAAUGCAUUAAUCCAUCUAUUUGGGGUUGGUUACAUGAAAUCUGUUUUACCAUUCUGCUCUAUCUAAGACUAUAACUUCAAUUAGAUCAGAGAUAAUGAUAUGUUUAUUCACUCUUCAACCCAUCUAAUUUUGGUCUUCCCAUUCCUUAACGUUACCCAUAAUGUGGGCAUCAUUCUUCCUUACUUGUGCAUUUAUUAGUUUUUGCCACCCAUUAUCAUACCCUUUUUAGUACCUUCAUUAACCAUUUGCUAUAAAUUUUGUCAUAGGCCUUCCCCACCUUGUCUACCAUUGGUGUACUUAUACUAAUGCAUUUAUUUUUAAAUCAAUUUGAUGUAUUGCAGCUCUAGAAAUAGCAACUUAAGAAAAAAAAAUCUUGUAAGUUGGUUUUGCCUAGGAGGGACCUACUUGUGACUCUGCAUAAUUAAUUUGAGUAAAGAUGAAUCAUACUUCAUGCUUUUCUGAAGUUAGUAAGCUGGUGAUUCCGUUUAUUUUAUGUUUUAACGAGUUCUAGGAGUCAAAAAAUAUUUUUUAUAAUUUGUAAAUUUGCUGGUUUUGUGCCGUAGUAGUGGUCUAUACUCUAUAUGUCAUAUUCUAAGUCAGGAGUCUUCAUUUGUGGACCUAAAUCAGUUAUAUAUCUCAAAAUCCUGUAAUAUGGAGACAAAGUCAUGUUAGAUCAGGG